AUGUUCCUCCAGAACGCACAGGGGAAGACGCUCCAGUAUGGGAUUGCUGCUGCUUGUGGCGCCGGAUUUCUUCUCUUUGGCUAUGACCAAGGAGUAUUCGGUGGUCUUCUGGAUAAUGAGCCGUUUCUGAGAACUUUCGGCUUCCCUGGCGCUACGAUCCAAGGCCAGAUAGUCGCAACAUACGACAUUGGCUGCAUUAUUGGAACACUCAUAUCCAUGUAUGCAGGUGAUAAACUGGGUCGAAGAAAAUCUAUUCUGAUCGGCUGUGUGAUUUUGAUCAUUGGUGCAAUCCUCCAAACGGCCUCAUAUUCUCUGGCACAAUUGAUUGUGGGUCGCGUGGUUGCGGGGGUUGGCAAUGGGAUGAAUACCAUCGCUAUACCUAUAUGGCAAGCAGAAACUGCGCGUCCAAAGGAUCGGGGGAAACUCAUUGUUUUCCAGCUGGUGACGAAUAUUUUCGGCAUUGUCAUUACGAACUGGAUGAACUACGGCUUUACCUUCAUCCCCCAGUCACCCGUGAGCUGGCGAUUUCCCUUGGGUUUCCAGUGCUUUUUUGCCUUCGUCACCAUUGCCUUGGUCCUCAUCACGCCGGAGUCGCCUCGCUGGUUAAUCAUGAAGAAUCGCGUCAGCGAGGCACAGCACAUUCUCGCCAGAAUCUUGUCCAGGCCUGACGACGACCCCAUCGUUAUAAGCGAGAUUCAACACUCGGUUGCUGCUCUUCAACACGAGGCUGAGGUGCAGAGAUCUGUGGCCUUCAAAGAGAUUUUUACUCGAAAUAGCAAGCAACAGACUCUUCGUCGGAUGCUUCUCGGAGCUGGGACAGCAUUUUUCCAACAGGUGGGAGGCACUAAUGUGAUUGCCUACUACCUUCCUGUAGUUCUCACACGUUCUGUUGGCCUGAGUAGCCGUAUGGCUCUGAUUUUGUCCGCUGUUGAUUCAAUGUCUCUCAUGUUCUGGGGCUCAAUUGCAGCUCUCUUGAUCGACCGCGUCGGGCGAAAGAGGCUGAUGCUCAUGGGUGCAGCUGCGAGUAGCGUCUGCUUUGCUCUUGUUGCCGUUGGCUUGAGAUAUGGUGGCCCGGACAAUAAGGGUAUGUCCAUCUUGGCUGUCGUGUUCAUUUUUGUCUAUUAUGUGUUCUACGGGAUGUCACUCCUCUCGAUUCCAUACAUCUAUCCCGCCGAGAUCAACUCUCAAAAGAUGCGAAAUGUUGGCACGUCAUUUGCAACCACGGUCAAUUGGCUUUUCGUCUACGUCGUUGUUGUUGCGACGCCUACUGCCAUCCAAAACAUUAAGUGGCGGUACUAUAUGCUCUUCGCAGUUUUCAACCUUUGCUUUCUUCCAGUCAUUUGGUAUUUCUACGUCGAGACUGCGUCUUUAUCUUUAGAACAGGUCGAUCGACUGUUUGAAAUUAAGCACAACGGAGGAAAAAGCCUUAGCUGGGCGGACGCCACGCGGAUUGCCCGCACCGAGGACGAGGAUUUGCAGAUGCAUGUGGAGAAAGAUGAUAUCAAUACGGAGCACUACGAGACUACUGCUUAA